AUCGUCAUCACCGUCCUGUCUGUGGUUCGCUCUCUCUGCCUGUUGUCUCAGCAUCAUCCAGCAAAAUCAGAGGACAUGUAGGAGCUGAGGAGCCAGCAUGGAGAUAUGUUGGUUCUUCAUGAGCAGGAGGGUCUCUUUGACAUGGACUGCGAGGCUCGGUGAAAAGAACAGCAGAAUAAAACUCCCCACCUUCAGCGAACUUUCUGCUUCUUAAGAACUCCUCUUAACAGACUGCCCCCCUUCCUUCAGUUGUCCUGGGAAAUAUGGGUCUUCUUUCCCCGACCCUUCUCUUCCUCCUUUUUGCAAUUUAUUCCCCGCAGUCCUUUUCCCCGUGUGCUGAGUGCUCAAAAUUGUGUCCACAAACAUGCAUUUGUUACGAGCACGCUGACCUGGUGGACUGCCGCGACCGUGGCUUUGAGCAUGUUCCAAGGGGUCUCCCACAUGGCACAUGGCUGCUGGAGCUAGGAAGAAACAACCUGAGUGUGAUUGGCACCCAAGCCUUCAAGGGACUGUGGUCCUUGCGGGUGCUGGUGCUCACCAACAGCCAGAUAGAAGAAAUUCAACCACAGGCAUUUUUCUCGCUGUCUUUCCUGGAGAAACUGGAUCUCAGCUGGAACAAAUUAAAAACUCUCCCUGUGGACUUCUCAUCCAGUCUGUCUGCUCUCAAAGAACUGCGACUAGAGCACAACAACUUGCAUUAUAUAUCUGGAUACAGCUUGGAGUACCUGGACAACAUGGAAAAGCUGGACCUCAGUUAUAACAAGCUGGAGUCUGUUGGACCCGGUGUGUUCAGGGGCCUCUCCCGGCUCAGACAACUCUAUCUGCACGACAACCGACUGACUGUGGUGCAGCAAGGGAGCCUGGACAUGCUGCCUGGACUGGAGGUCCUCCAGCUGAGCAACAACAACAUCUCUCAGAUAGAUACUGAUGCCCUGGCUCCUCUGUACAGCCUGGCUGUUCUUGAUCUAGAGGGAAACAACCUGCAUAACCUCAAAUUCAAGACCUUCAUCAGCCUUCAUACAACAGCAACACACAUACAGCUGUCAGGGAACCCUUGGAGCUGUGACUGUGAGCUGCAUCGUGUCUUCAGUAAGAUCCUGCAUGUUCGGCACCUUCACAUUGACGAUUACCACAACGUCACCUGCCAGGACCCUCCGCAGCUGAUGGGGGCUUCGUUGGCCUGGGUGGACAGCCAACUGUGCGUGGCUGAGACCGCAACUGUACUUGUCAUCACUGUCACUGUGCUGGUCACCGUGGUGGCGGCUGUGGCGAUGGCAGAGAGGAACAGGAAGAGGAACCACGGGAAGAACUGGGAUGCUGAGUCGCAGACGCAAACUCAUCCACCAUCCUGAGGCACUGUAACAUUAGUGAGAGGAUAAGGAGAUUUGAUAGUAUGGACUGAUGUCACAAGCUUCCAAAAAAAGCAUACACUUCAUGAUUGCUGCCACAAAUGGAUAGUACUUGAUUUCUCUUUUCCUGUGAAAAUACAUAUAAUAAAGUUUAUACUUUUUGAUGCUAUUUAAAUUCUACCAUAGCCACAUAAAUACAUCAUAGUGGACAUCUUAAGCUUUUCCUUAGCUUGAAGUCACCAAGUGUCAUCAACUGUCUGUCAUGAAAUUAGAAAAUUGCAAAUAAAAUCAUAUUUAAUAGCA